GGAUACGAAUAAUAUUUGUUUAAAACGGAUACGAAUAUUUCUCCCGGCUCUGCUACUCACCUAGUAGAAGGAUAAGAUUUGACGGACUGCUUUCCCUCCGCACUGGCCUCAUUCCUUCCUACUCGACAGGAAAUAUGGAAACUACAAACAUCCACAGCUCUGGCAUUAUGUGGUUUUUCAAAGAGAAAGGUUUCAAUGAUAAAAGUAUCCACGUAAUAUUUCAAAAGUGCAAGCGUCUUGAGGGCAUGCAAAGUGAAAAUGCCUCGGAGAACUGGGAUUACUUGAAAAGCGUGGGCGUUAAGGAGAGGAAACUUCCUUCCCUUAUCCGAAAGUGUCCCAAAAUCCUAACUCUCGGCUUGCAUGAUAAACUGAUUCCCAUGGUCCAGUGUCUUGCCACACUGGGAUCGAAACCGGGAGAUGUAGCUUCUGCCAUAACGAAAUUUCCUCACAUACUUUCCCACAGUGUUGAAGAGAAGCUCUGCCCGCUUCUCGCCUUCUUUGAGGCUCUUGGUGUUACUGACAAACAACUUGGGAAGAUGAUAUUGCAAAACCCCAGAAUUCUAAGCUACAGCAUCGAAUCAAAGCUUUCCCAAAUUGUGGAUUUUCUCGCCAGUCUGGGCCUAUCCAAGGAAGUCAUGAUUGGAAAAGUACUGGUGAAAUACCCGUUUAUAAUGGGUUAUAACGUUGAAAACAGGUUGCGUCCCACAUCCGACUUCUUGAAGUCAUUGGGUCUAACUGAGCUUGAUCUGCAAAGAGUGGUUACUAAUUUCCCUGCUAUUUUGUGCCGUGAUGCCAACAAGACCAUGAAGCCUAAUCUUUCCUACUUGAGAACCCGCGGGUUUGAGCUCUCACAGAUUGCAGCUAUGGUCACACAUUAUCCCCCACUUCUGAUUAAGAGUAUCGACCACUCUCUGGAGCCGCGGAUUAGGUUUUUGGUAGAUGUGAUGGGAAGAGGACUUGAUGAGGCCGCUAAUUAUCCGGACUACUUCAAGCAUGGGCUGAAGAAGACAUUAGAGAUGAGGCAAAAACUUUUGAGAGAGAAGAACAUAGAGUGUAGCCUGAGUGAAAUGCUGGACUGCAAUGAGAAGAAAUUCAUGUCUAGGUUUGCUCUAGUCUAGUAACCUGCCCCAAGCUUCUUUUUUCAUUCCCUGUUUCUUCUGC